AUGUUCGCUAAAGCGGAUAAAACCACCAUGGUGACCAAGCUCAGGUUGCUGAUACGUGAAGAGAUAAUGGAGGUGUUUACACAGAUACUUGGAGAGGAGGCCCAUGAGGAAUAUCACAUCGAAAGAUCCCACAGAGCCCUUCGCCCCCCACGACGGGACGGCCUGCCACGCAACAUCAUCUUUUGCCUGCUAUCCUUUCGCCUUAAAGAAGCCAUCAUGCAGGCAGCUAGACCACAGGCCAUCACAUUCAAGGACGCCACAGUGUCCCUUUACCAAGACCUAUCGACCCUCACACUAGAGGCCCACCAGGCCCUCAGAACACUCACAUGCCUCCUGCAAGAGAGGAGAAUACCCUACAAAUGGGGCUUCCCCUUCAACCUUCAAGCCAAAGACAAUGUCUGGCGCACCUUGAGAUGGCCAAACGAAGUCUCCGGACUCCUGCGAGCACUAAACCUCCCAGCCGUAUCAGUACCGAACGCGAUAUUAGACAGCCACCGACACAACCUAACCUACAGGACGAAGCCGACGUCACACUCCUAA